GGUCUCCUAAUACUGAGUUAAAGAGGAAAACACAGAAAUCAUGUUUUAACGAAAUUCUGGCCUGUCGUCCCACAGAAGUAGUCGCAAUAGGACAGUGGCACUUCAUUCAUUUCUCUGUCUGCUAUAGAUGGCGUUUUCUUUUCUAGCUGACAUUCCUGAUUGGUAGCUUGCCCGGAAAAUGCAGCAUACCGGUAUAUCCGUAUUGCCAAAUCAUUUCAUCAUGUGUGGGAUGUCGUCUCAUAACAAUAACACGAGUACAAUGUUCGUCAUUUGUUAAAUGCUGUGUAGUCGUUGUUUUGGGAUUGUGAUCUUCGUUCAGGCUUCAUGAUGGUGGACGAAAAACAGUUCGAAGCUUUGGUAAAACGUGUGCUGGAGCAAGAGCCAGAAGAGAGAGAUGCUUUCCUCACAGAAGAUGAUGUGAAGUGUCUGUGCAAGGCAGAGAAGGAAAGCUUGGAAACAAGGGAGACAAUUGUAGGCUACCCAUCACACCCUUUAUGUAAGGAACUGUCGAAGAUGCUCAAGAUGUGGAUGGAUUCAAGACGGUGCCCAAUUCUUGACUUGCCAUCGUAUGAUCUCCUGGACGAAAAGUGUUACGUGGAAUCCAGAAGUGCUACUGUACAUAGUCUCACACCAAUGUUAGAGGGUUUGAAAACCCUGUGGAGCUUAUGGUCUGAUGAAGAAAGAGCAUACAGAAUAAAGGACAUUUUGAAGAGCCUUGGCAAACGAGGGAUUCUCGACUUAUUGGGGUUGAGGAAGACUGUAGGAAGUGCUGAUCUCUGGCCUGUGGACAGGACGUUACUGGAAAGGUCCUUUAAUGAAAAACAUGGGGCUGGCUCUGAGCUGACUGUGGGUGCUCGAGCCUUAGCUAAACACCAUCACAGAGAUGCAUCAUCUAGCUGGUGGGGGACCAGCACAGGCAAUGAGAAGAGCAGAAAUGAACAUGCCUUAAAGAUGAUGAACAAGAUCCUGGAUGAAGCCACGUGGAUAAACAUUCAUUGUUUACCUCAUGAAAUAAAGAUAGUGGAAGUGAGACAGUCGGAAGGGUACGGCGUGCGGUGGACAGCUGAUGGGUCCGCCUUUCGGGGAUUCGUGGAGCCACAGAUGGUAGAUGGCCACGCUGUGGGCUGGAGACACUGAGGAGGGAUUGGUUGACACGCAGUUGUUGACAACCUGUGUAUUUGUCCGACCAUAUAUGUUUACCAUGUUUUCAUUGACUGUCGGCUUCAGGUGUACACUGAUAUUUCAAGAGCAAUUAAAUACUGUACCAUCCCGUUUUUACAUUUCUAGGGCAAAGAUGUCUGUUUCUCUAUUACAGAAAACGCUUGGUCGUUUUUCUGGGCUAAAUUAUACCUCUACACUGAUUCAAAUUUUAGAGAUGUUUUUACCCAAAAACCAAGGGAAGUAUUUACAUUACUAUAUAAAGUGAUAUUUUCACUGAUAAGGUUUAUUUUACAUGUACAAUGUCCUGAAAAAAAGUAUAUUGUAAUUACGUAUUCUAAUUACCUUUUGUUAACAUCCUUUACACGUGACAUUCCCCCUCUCAUAUUUGUGAAGAAAAAUA